CAGUAUUGCAUUUUCUAAUGAUCAAUUAUAUUCUCCCAUCAUAAGUUUGCUAGCUGAUACAAAACAGCCUAUUGUUGUAAAUUAACAAAUAUGAGAUGAGGUUACGCGAUAGAAGAAUUUCCGAUCAACAAACUUCGGAACAAACGAGUCGUAAAUCAUUAAAGCGGAAACUAUCUACUAGCGAGGAUGAUGAAGAAGUCCAUGUUUCACCUGACAGCAUAUUUACUUCAAUCAAACGAUUAAUAUCCGGUACAUCUGUACAAGCAAAGAACGAGGGUCGCACACCUCAGUUGGAAAAAGCUGACAGAAUUCGGAAGAGAAGGAAAUGUGCCAUUGACAACAGCAUCGAUAAUGACUUUAUACAUUCUACUCCUAUCAGCCCUUCCACUUAAAACUCGAAGUUCACCCGAGUUUUCCCUGGUUCUUGAUCUCGAUGAAACACUUGUUCAUUGUAGUUUAAGUGAAAUGGAAGACGCAGAUCUAACUUUCUCCGUGCUUUUCCAAGAUAUAGUUUACCAGGUAUUUGUUCGCACUCGGCCUAACUACAAGGAAUUCCUAGAAAAAAUGUCCAAAUAUUACGAGAUUAUUCUGUUCACGGCGUCUAAAAAAGUUUAUGCGGACAAGUUGCUUGAACAUGAUUGAUGGGGGUAAACAAUAUGUCAGACAUCGUUUAUUUCGUGAACAUUGUCUUUGUGUCCAAGGAAAUUAUAUCAAAGAUUUGAACAUACUGGGUCGAGACUUGAGCAAAACAGUGAUUAUAGAUAACUCUCCACAAGCAUUUGCUUACCAGCUUUCCAACGGAAUUCCAAUAGAAAGUUGGUUCUCGGAUAAAAAUGACAACGAACUACUUAAGUUAGUUCCUUUCCUUGAAACACUCGCUACACAGACUGGAGAUGUGAGACCUCUAGUGGAGCAAAAGUUCCAGAUGCACGAGUUGCUUCCGUCCGAUGACAGCGAGAUAAGCGAUGAAUGAACUUAACGUGUACAUUAAUAAUUAGCUCCAUGCUAAAAUAUUGGGAUAAUUUUCAAGCAACAGCCGAUUCCCAGAUUAUCACACAACAUAGACAUAUAAUGAAACCCCAAAACUGGACAUAACACUGGUUACUCUACUAAUCAACCAACCAAAUUAUCACCUAACACACAGCUCUGGUUGAGAAGCAUUACUCUAUAAAUAUUAGCGCAACCUAAAUGUUGUGCAACAAAUUUGUAAAUCAUCAACAACAACAACAACUCCUGUUCCCUGCCAUUUCAACAAGGUGCUGGUUUUAACAACUUUAAGUCUCGUUUUUUUACCACAGUAUUCUCAGUGUCAAAGUUGAUUUAGUCCGCACCCCAUAGAGAUUGCAAGUGUAUAUUAAAAGGUGUUUUUUAACGAAAACGUUGCACUGCUAACACCCUCUUAAGUUUAGACGUGAUAGAAAGAUUUUUAUCGUUGUUUCUAUUUUUUAAAGAAGUUUUAAUACAAAUAGAUUUUACCAACUUUUCCCGGAUCAUGCUUUCGUGCUGCCUUAUUUCGUUAUGUUUGCUGUUUCUGUUGUAUGAAGAGGUUUAUGACGUAACAGAAGCAUUCCGUUUUGUUUUUUUAAUAUGUUUCGUUAAGUGUUUUACAACUGUUCGAACGAGUAAGAUAAUCUUUAUAUUAAGUGAAAACUUCUGUUUCCCCGUUACGACAACUCCUGACUAUUUUUGUUCCAACCUGCUUUUGUAGAAACCACUUGUUUGUUAAUAAUGUAAAUACCAACUGCCAUUGAAAUAAAGCUUUCCUUAAAGACUUGGAA